CCAAUUUAUUACUCCUCAUCUAUAUGUUUUUACCCUGCAGCGUAUAAGAACAUAGCAGUUCAACUUCAAAAUUCAACCUUUGCCCAUUUGCAUAAACAUCCAAUGUUUUCCAAAACUGAACAGCAACAACGAAAGCAAAAAGGAGAAUGGUUAUCAGGAAGUUUCAAACCAGAGAAUUUCAUUCCAGGUCUUGUUAUAGGUUUUAUUUGUGGCUUCUUGAUUGAUUUAUCAAAGCCAACUAGAAAUCACUUAUCCAAGAAAAUUUUCUCAUCUAACAACAAGCUUCAGCACCAACUCUCAGUCUCAAGUAAUGCUGAUCAAGAACUUAAGAUGGUUCUGGUUGUUAGGCAAGACCUAAAGAUGAGAUCCGGAAAGAUUGCGUCUCAAUGUGCUCAUGCUGCGACUGGCAUGUAUGCUGAGUUAACGCAAAGCAACCGGUCUCUUUUAAGACAUUGGGAACAGUGCGGCCAGCCCAAAAUUGUUGUGACUUGCAAGAACCAACAAGAAAUGAAUAAGCUAAAGGAAACAGCUGAAAGUGUUGGCCUCCCUACUUUUGUUGUCGCCGAUGCUGGACGAACACAGGUUUCGGCAGGAUCAAAGACUGUUCUUGCUGUUGGACCUGGACCAAAAGCAAUAGUAGAUUCGGUGACUGGAAGGUUGGCUCUGCUAUGACAGCAUUCAAGAAACAAGCCAUAAUAUGAUAAAUCAGCCAGGCUUUGUUACUGUAUGGUCUUUGUUCCGGCACGCUAUUUAGAUUGUAAUAAUUAUAGGACCUGCUUAUUAGGGAUGAAUAGAGCACUCCAUUUUUGGAUCAAAGUGAGUAACCUAUAAGCUCUUUAGGAAGUUAAUAUUUUGAGAGAUUUUGAGUAAAAGAGGAUGAGACAAUAUUGCAUAAUUAAGAAGUGUGAAAAUCCUCUUGAAUGAGACAGCACAGCAACUUUGAGCAAUCAACAAUUUGAUUAACAUCCUUACAUUACAUUUUC